AUCGAGUGUAUUUCGGUCGACGUGGAGUUCCAGCGACGUCGGAUAGAGCAAGGCAUGGUGCCAGGGAAGGGCAAGGCGCAAGGCGCGCCGAUCUUUCUUCAGAAAACGUACACGCUAUUCGAGAAUGCCCCGGAAGAGGUGGCCGGAUGGGCCAACAACGGCACGACGGUCGUGAUCAAAGACCCCGACGAGUUUGCCAAGUCGAUGCUGCCCAAGUACUUCAAGCACAACAACUUUGCGUCGUUCGUGCGCCAGCUCAACUUUUACGGGUUCCGCAAGUACAAGAAGGACGACAUCUUGAUUUCGGAGGACGAGACGACCAAGAACUGGUGGGAGUUUUACCACGACAAGUUUCUCCGCCACGCCCCGGAACUCAUGGUCCACAUCCGCCGAAAAACGUACUCGGAAGGACCGGACGGCCAAGGCGGGAGCCACGGCGGCCAGGAAAAGGAAGAAGUUGAGGUGCUCAAAGCUCAGGUGACGACACUCCAGUCGCAGCUCGAGCAAGUUACCGCCCAAAUCACAAACCUCACGGAUGUCGUCACGACUUUGUUGCAGUCCAAGUCGCAUCGGCGGCAACUGCCGCCGCACGACGACGUCUCCGCCAAGCGGUUCAAGUCUGAGAGAUAAGAUGAUUUUCCGCGACAACAUUUAAAUGUAAAGACUAAUGCGUGUGGGGGCAA